AGGAGCUGAGCUGCAGACAUGUCAGACAAGAUGUCCAGCUUCCUACACAUUGGAGAUAUCUGCUCCCUGUACGCCGAGGGCUCCACCAAUGGCUUCAUCAGCACUCUGGGCUUGGUUGAUGACCGCUGUGUGGUGCAGCCAGAAGCUGGGGACCUGAACAACCCCCCGAAGAAAUUUCGAGACUGCCUCUUCAAGCUCUGCCCCAUGAACCGCUACUCGGCACAGAAGCAAUUCUGGAAAGCUGCAAAGCCCGGAGCCAACAGUACGACAGAUGCUGUGCUGCUCAAUAAGCUGCAUCAUGCUGCAGACUUGGAGAAGAAGCAAAAUGAGACAGAGAACAGGAAGCUCUUGGGGACUGUCAUCCAGUAUGGUAAUGUAAUCCAGCUCCUGCACCUAAAGAGUAACAAGUAUCUCACUGUGAACAAGCGACUGCCAGCACUACUGGAGAAGAACGCCAUGCGGGUGACCCUGGACGAAGCGGGCAACGAGGGCUCCUGGUUCUACAUCCAGCCGUUCUACAAGCUGCGCUCUGUUGGCGACAGCGUGGUCAUAGGUGACAAGGUAGUUCUCAACCCUGUCAACGCUGGCCAGCCCCUGCACGCCAGCAGCCACCAGCUGGUGGACAACCCGGGCUGCAAUGAGGUUAAUUCUGUCAACUGCAACACCAGCUGGAAGAUUGUUCUGUUCAUGAAGUGGAGCGACAACAAAGAUGACAUCCUGAAGGGGGGGGAUGUGGUGAGGUUGUUUCAUGCAGAGCAGGAGAAGUUUCUGACGUGUGAUGAGCAUCGCAAGAAGCAGCAUGUUUUCCUGAGGACCACGGGCCGCCAGUCAGCCACGUCGGCUACAAGUUCCAAAGCAUUAUGGGAGGUGGAGGUGGUCCAACAUGACCCUUGCCGUGGUGGAGCUGGCUACUGGAAUAGCCUCUUCCGGUUCAAACACUUAGCUACCGGCCAUUACCUGGCGGCAGAGGCAGACCCUGACUUUGCGGACGAAUGCCUGCAGUUUCAGCCCCCUGUGGAUCCUGACCAAGAUGCAUCCCGGAGCCGGCUGAGGAACGCCCAGGAAAAGAUGGUAUACUCGCUGGUAUCUGUACCCGAGGGCAAUGACAUUUCCUCCAUCUUUGAGCUGGACCCCACCACCCUCCGGGGCGGCGACAGUCUUGUCCCCAGAAACUCCUACGUCCGGCUCCGCCACCUGUGCACCAAUACCUGGGUACACAGCACGAACAUUCCCAUCGACAAGGAAGAGGAGAAACCGGUGAUGCUGAAGAUCGGCACCUCCCCUGUUAAGGAGGACAAGGAAGCCUUUGCCAUUGUGCCCGUGUCUCCAGCCGAGGUGCGAGACCUGGACUUUGCCAACGAUGCCAGCAAAGUGCUGGGGUCCAUAGCAGGGAAGCUGGAGAAGGGAACCAUCACCCAGAAUGAGAGAAGGUCGGUAACAAAACUACUGGAGGACUUGGUGUACUUCGUCACUGGAGGCACCAACUCGGGCCAGGAUGUGCUGGAAGUGGUUUUCUCCAAGCCCAACAGGGAGAGGCAGAAACUGAUGCGGGAACAGAAUAUCCUCAAGCAGAUAUUCAAGUUGCUGCAGGCACCGUUCACAGACUGUGGGGAUGGCCCGAUGCUGCGGCUGGAAGAACUGGGGGACCAGCGGCACGCGCCCUUCCGUCACAUCUGCCGCCUCUGCUACCGGGUGUUGCGCCACUCCCAGCAGGACUACCGGAAGAACCAGGAGUACAUUGCGAAGCAGUUUGGCUUCAUGCAAAAGCAGAUUGGCUACGACGUCCUGGCCGAGGACACCAUCACAGCACUCUUGCACAACAACCGCAAGCUGCUAGAGAAGCACAUCACGGCCGCUGAGAUAGACACCUUUGUCAGCCUGGUUCGCAAGAACCGGGAGCCCAGGUUCUUGGAUUACCUCUCUGACCUCUGCGUGUCCAUGAACAAGUCCAUCCCGGUGACCCAGGAACUGAUCUGCAAAGCUGUGCUGAACCCAGCCAACGGCGACAUCCUCAUUGAGACCAAGCUGGUUCUCUCGAGGUUUGAAUUUGAAGGGGUCUCCGGGGCUGGGGACAAUGCACUGGAGGCUGGAGAGGACGAAGAGGAGGUCUGGCUCUUCUGGAGGGACAGUGGCAAGGAGAUUCGCAGCAAGAGCGUCCGGGAGCUGGCACAAGAUGCCAAGGAGGGCCAGAAGGAGGACCGGGAUGUCCUCAGCUACUACAGGUACCAGUUGAACCUUUUUGCACGGAUGUGUCUGGACCGCCAGUACCUGGCCAUCAAUGAGAUCUCAGGACAACUGGACGUAGACCUCAUCUUGCGUUGCAUGUCGGACGAGAAUUUGCCCUAUGAUCUGCGCGCCUCCUUCUGCCGCCUCAUGCUCCACAUGCAUGUGGACCGGGACCCCCAGGAGCAGGUCACCCCUGUGAAAUACGCCCGCCUGUGGUCGGAGAUCCCCUCGGAGAUCGCCAUUGAUGACUAUGACAGCAGCGGGACUUCCAAAGAUGAAAUCAAGGAGCGCUUUGCACAGACUAUGGACUUUGUGGAGGAGUACCUGAGGGAUGUCGUGUGCCAGCGGUUCCCAUUUUCAGACAAGGAGAAGAACAAGCUGACCUUUGAGGUUGUGAAUUUAGCGAGGAAUCUCAUCUACUUUGGUUUCUACAACUUCUCUGACCUUCUACGACUGACCAAAAUCCUGCUGGCCAUCUUGGAUUGUGUGCAUGUGACCACGAUCUUCCCCAUCAGCAAGAUCACCAAGGGGGAGGAGACGAAAGGCAGUAAUGUGAUGCGCUCCAUCCAUGGUGUUGGGGAACUCAUGACCCAGGUGGUCCUCCGCGGUGGGGGCCUCCUGCCCCUGACGCCCAUGGCCACCGCUCCGGAGGGCACUGUGAAGCAGGCUGAGCCCGAGAAGGAGGACAUUAUGGUCAUGGACACGAAGCUGAAGAUCAUUGAGAUCCUACAGUUUAUUUUGAACGUGCGGCUGGAUUAUAGGAUCUCCUGCCUCCUGUGUAUAUUUAAGCGGGAAUUUGAUGAAAGCAACUCGCAGACGUCGGAAAUACCUACUGGCAACUGCAGCCAAGAGACGCCGAGCAGCGUGUCAGGCGCUCUUGACUUUGAACACAUCGAGGAGCAAGCGGAAGGCAUCUUCGGGGGAAGGAAAGAGAACACACCUCUGGACCUGGACGACCACGGGGGCCGAACCUUCCUGCGUGUGCUGCUACAUUUGACCAUGCAUGACUACCCACCCCUCGUGUCGGGCGCCCUGCAGCUGCUCUUCCGCCACUUCAGCCAGCGCCAGGAGGUCCUGCAGGCCUUCAAACAGGUCCAGCUGCUGGUCACCAGCCAGGACGUGGACAACUACAAGCAGAUCAAGCAGGAUCUGGACCAGCUGCGGUCCAUCGUGGAGAAGUCUGAGCUCUGGGUCUACAAGGGCCAAGGCCCUGACGAGGCCAUGGACGGGGCAAUGGGUGACGAACACAAGAAGGCAGAGGACGGGGGCAGCAGGCCCCAGCAGCACGAGAGCACCAGCAGCUACAACUACCGAGUAGUCAAAGAGAUCCUCAUCCGGCUUAGCAAGUUGUGCGUGCAGGAAGGGGCCUCAGGCCGCAAGAGCCGAAAGCAGCAGCAGAGGCUACUGCGCAAUAUGGGGGCCCACACUGUGGUGCUGGAGUUGCUGCAGAUCCCCUAUGAGAAGGCUGAAGAUAUGAAGAUGCAGGAGAUCAUGAGGCUGGCUCAUGAGUUUCUGCAGAAUUUCUGCGCCGGCAACCAGCAGAACCAAGCUUUGCUGCACAAACACAUCAACCUGUUUCUCAACCCAGGGAUCCUGGAGGCAGUAACCAUGCAGCACAUCUUCAUGAACAACCUGCAGCUCUGCAGCGAGAUCAACGAGCGCGUGGUCCAACACUUUGUCCACUGCAUCGAGACGCACGGCCGCAGUGUCCAGUAUAUUAAAUUUCUGCAGACCAUUGUCAAGGCCGAAGGCAAAUUCAUCAAGAAGUGCCAAGAUAUGGUCAUGGCUGAGCUGGUCAACUCAGGAGAAGAUGUCCUGGUAUUCUACAAUGACAGAGCGUCCUUCCAGACUUUGAUCCAGAUGAUGCGCUCCGAGCGAGACCGCAUGGACGAGAACAGCCCACUCAUGUACCAUAUCCACUUGGUGGAGCUCCUGGCUGUGUGCACGGAGGGCAAGAACGUGUACACGGAGAUCAAGUGCAACUCACUGCUGCCUCUGGACGACAUUGUGCGUGUGGUGACGCAUGAGGACUGCAUCCCCGAGGUGAAGAUCGCCUACAUCAACUUCCUGAACCACUGCUACGUGGACACGGAGGUGGAGAUGAAGGAGAUCUACACAAGCAACCAUAUGUGGAAGUUGUUCGAGAACUUUCUGGUGGACAUCUGCAGGGCCUGUAACAACACAAGCGACCGCAAGCACGCGGACUCCAUUCUGGAGAAAUAUGUCACCGAGAUUGUCAUGAGCAUCGUCACUACAUUCUUCAGCUCCCCCUUCUCAGAUCAGAGCACCACACUGCAGACACGCCAACCCGUGUUCGUGCAGCUGCUGCAGGGCGUGUUCCGCGUCUACCAUUGCAACUGGUUGCUGCCCAGCCAGAAGGCAUCGGUGGAGAGCUGCAUCCGGGUACUCUCCGACGUGGCCAAGAGCCGUGCGAUCGCCAUCCCCGUGGACCUGGACAGCCAAGUCAACAAUCUCUUCCUCAAGUCACACAACAUUGUGCAGAAAACCGCCCUCAACUGGCGACUCACAGCACGCAAUGCUGCCCGCCGGGACUCUGUGCUGGCGGCCUCCCGUGACUAUCGAAACAUCAUUGAAAGGCUACAGGACAUCGUGUCUGCUCUGGAAGAGCGACUGCGGCCGCUGGUUCAGGCCGAACUAUCUGUGCUGGUGGAUGUGCUACACCGGCCCGAGCUGCUGUUUCCCGAAAACACCGAUGCCCGGAGGAAGUGUGAGAGCGGCGGCUUCAUCUGCAAGCUCAUCAAACACACCAAACAGCUUCUGGAGGAAAACGAAGAGAAACUCUGCAUCAAGGUUCUGCAGACCCUUCGUGAGAUGAUGACCAAGGACAGAGGCUAUGGAGAGAAGCUUAUUUCCAUUGAUGAGGCGGAGAAUGCUGAGCUGCCGCCAGCUCCAGAUGCGGAGAAUCCCACCGAGCAGGAGCUUGAGUCGAGCCCACCGGUGCGGCAGUUGGAAGACCAUAAAAGGGGUGAGGUGCUCAGGCAGAUCCUAGUGAACCGUUACUACGGAAACAUUCGGCCUUCGGGGAGAAGAGAGAGCCUAACCAGCUUUGGCAAUGGCCCAUUGUCAACUGGAGCUGCCUGCAAGCCUGCAGGAGGAGGGGGAGGCCCCAGCUCCGUGAGCCGUGGCGAAAUGAGCCUGGCCGAGGUACAGUGUCACCUGGACAAGGAAGGCGCCUCGAACCUGGUCAUCGACCUCAUCAUGAACGCAGCCAGCGACCGAGUGUUCCAUGAGAGCAUUCUGUUGGCCAUCGCUCUGCUGGAGGGGGGCAAUACCACCAUCCAGCAUUCCUUCUUCUGCCGCCUGACCGAAGACAAGAAGUCAGAGAAGUUCUUCAAGGUGUUCUAUGACCGCAUGAAAGUGGCCCAGCAGGAGAUCAAAGCCACGGUGACUGUGAACACAAGUGACCUAGGGAAUAAGAAGAAGGAUGAGGAGGCGGACAGGGAUGCCCCUGCACGCAAGAAAGCCAAGGAGCCGUCCCCCCAGAUCACGGAGGAGGCCCGCGAGCAGCUGCUGGAGGCAUCGGCCGCCACCAGGAAGGCCUUGAGCACCUUCCGCCGAGAGGCCGACCCCGACGACCACUACCAGGCUGCCGAAGGCACGCAGGCCACGGCAGACAAGACCAAAGACGAGCUAGAGAUGAGUGCUGUGGUCACAGUCAUGCAGCCCAUCCUGCGUUUCCUGCAGCUGCUGUGUGAGAACCACAAUCGCGACCUGCAGAACUUCCUCCGCUGCCAGAACAACAAGACCAACUACAACCUGGUGUGCGAGACGCUGCAGUUCCUGGAUUGCAUCUGCGGCAGCACCACGGGCGGGCUGGGGCUUCUGGGGCUCUACAUCAACGAGAAGAACGUGGCACUCAUUAACCAGACCCUGGAGAGCCUCACCGAAUACUGCCAGGGGCCCUGCCACGAGAACCAGAAUUGCAUCGCCACCCACGAAUCCAACGGCAUCGACAUCAUCACGGCCCUGAUCCUCAAUGAUAUCAACCCACUGGGCAAGAAGCGCAUGGACCUGGUGCUGGAGCUCAAGAACAACGCCUCCAAACUGCUCUUGGCCAUCAUGGAAAGUCGCCAUGACAGUGAGAAUGCCGAGCGGAUUCUUUAUAACAUGCGCCCCAAGGAGCUGGUGGAGGUUAUCAAGAAGGCCUACCUGCAGGGCGAAGUGGACUUUGAGGACGGGGAGAAUGGUGAAGACGGGGCGGCCUCCCCCCGGAACGUGGGGCACAACAUCUACAUCCUGGCCCAUCAGCUGGCCCGUCACAACAAGGAGCUGCAGAGCAUGCUGAAGCCAUGUGCGCAGGCUGAGGGGGACGAAGCCCUGGAGUUCUACGCCAAGCACACUGCACAAAUUGAGAUUGUGCGCCUGGACCGAACCAUGGAGCAGAUCGUGUUCCCCGUGCCCAGCAUCUGUGAGUUCCUGACGCAGGAGUCCAAACUGCGCAUCUACUAUACCACGGAGCGCGACGAGCAGGGCAGCAAGAUCAACGACUUCUUCCUGCGCUCGGAGGACCUCUUCAAUGAGAUGAAUUGGCAGAAGAAGCUACGGGCCCAACCCGUGCUGUACUGGUGUGCCCGAAACAUGUCUUUCUGGAGCAGCAUCUCCUUCAACUUGGCUGUGCUCAUGAACUUGCUUGUGGCCUUCUUCUACCCCUUCCGAGGAGCCCGUGGAGGGACGCUGGAGCCACACUGGUCCGGGCUGCUGUGGACGGCCAUGUUGGUCUCCCUGGCCAUCGUCAUCGCACUGCCUAAGCCCCAUGGCAUCCGCGCCCUCAUUGCGUCCACCAUCCUGCGCCUCAUCUUCUCCGUGGGAUUGCAGCCCACACUCUUCCUCCUGGGCGCCUUCAACGUCUGUAAUAAGAUCAUCUUCCUAAUGAGCUUCGUGGGCAACUGUGGCACUUUCACCAGAGGCUGCCGGGCCAUGGUGCUGGACGCAGACUUUCUCUACCACCUGCUCUACCUGCUUAUCUGCGCGCUGGGGCUCUUCGUCCAUGAGUUCUUCUAUAGCCUGCUGCUCUUUGACCUCGUGUACAGAGAAGAGACACUGCUUAAUGUCAUUAAAAGUGUUACUCGCAAUGGCCGCUCCAUCAUCCUGACAGCAGUGCUGGCCCUCAUCCUUGUCUACCUCUUCUCCAUCGUGGGGUACCUCUUCUUCAAGGAUGACUUCAUCCUCGAGGUGGACCGGCUUCCCAAUGACACAGCCCUUCCCGAUGCUGGCGAGAGCUUAGCGGGCGAGUCUCUGUCCUCUGACGUGUGCCGUUUGGAUAUGGGGGAGAAUUGCUCUUCUCCUGCACCCCACGAAGAGUCGGUAUCCGCAGACGAGCUGGAGGAGGACAAGGAGCACACGUGUGAGACGCUGCUCAUGUGCAUCGUCACGGUGCUGAGCCACGGGCUGCGGAGUGGGGGCGGCGUUGGUGAUGUGCUCCGGAAGCCAUCCAAGGAGGAACCUCUCUUUGCUGCCCGGGUGAUCUACGACCUUCUGUUCUUCUUCAUGGUCAUCAUCAUCGUCCUGAAUCUGAUUUUCGGGGUCAUCAUUGACACUUUUGCUGACCUGAGGAGUGAGAAGCAGAAGAAAGAGGAGAUCUUGAAGACCACCUGCUUCAUCUGCGGCUUGGAGCGGGAUAAGUUUGACAACAAGACGGUGACAUUUGAGGAACACAUCAAGGAAGAACACAACAUGUGGCACUACCUGUGCUUCAUCGUCCUGGUCAAAGUCAAGGACUCCACAGAGUACACAGGUCCCGAGAGCUACGUGGCGGAGAUGAUCAAGGAAAGGAACCUGGACUGGUUUCCACGGAUGAGAGCCAUGUCCCUCGUGAGCAGUGACUCGGAAGGCGAGCAGAACGAGCUGAGGAACCUGCAGGAGAAGCUCGAGUCCACCAUGAAGCUUGUGGCCAACCUCUCAGGCCAGCUGACAGAGCUGAAAGAUCAGAUGACAGAACAAAGGAAGCAGAAACAAAGAAUUGGUCUCCUAGGACAACCCCCUCACAUGAACGCCAACCCACAGCAACCAGCAUAAGCAAGAUGAAAUAAAGACGUCCGAUGAACCUUUUCUACUUAUUUCUUGUGUGGGUUUAGCUGAUGAGUUCUGAUUCCCCCACACACACAAAGGUUACACUUAUGCUUCGUACAUUUGUAAAUACUCGGUUUUAUACUGUAUGUAUAUGAUUGCUAUUCUUAAGGGUUUGGAUGUAUGUAAUUAGAACGGUUGGCAAAACGAAACGUCGUCGUGUCUGCCAAAAAAAAUCAUUUUUUAAAAAAGAAAAAUGUCUUCUUUGGCAGGACUAAAGAAAGCACCUGAUUUGCACUUGAACCAGAGGAUAGAUUUAAAAGUAUCUGACAUGUAUUUUGUAUUUAAAACUAGAAUAGCCGGUAUUUAUGUUAUUUUUUUAUAAAACUGUGCAAUAUGAUUAUGCAAUCACGAGAAAUUGAACUCCUGGGUAUUCUGAAGGGAGUGACCAUCUUUGAAGCUGGUGUGUUAAUACUGUGUAAUAAAAUGGUUAAACGUCCAAUGAUGCUGCUGCCAAACCCUAUGAAAAGUGAGUUUCUGGCCCUGUGGGCAUUUGUUCCAUGUAAUUGUCCUCGGUGACUCCAACACCCUGCUCAUGGCACUAGUUGUCCAUCUUUUAGUGACAAUGCUCCAAGUCAGCAUUCCUUUAAGAAAAGCAACUUUAGUUUCUAAGAUAACUUUUAAGCUUCUCAACUGAUUGCUUCAACUAGUUCUUCAAAUAAGAGCGUGAACAUGAUUAGGUUGAGCAGAACUUCUAGUACGAGUUCUUGAAAGAAAACUUUCUGUACCUUGUUUGGAAUAAAUGCAUAUAUCGCUGGCCAAUCUGUAUCAUCUCUCCUGGGUGAAUUGUAUAGUCACAGUCUAAAGAAACGAGUAAUUUAAUGGUUUCUAGAUGAUCUAGUCCAAAUAAUAGCAUUGAUUUUUUUUUUGUCUUCAUCUAAACCAACAUGCUAGAGUAGCUGAGAAUUAAUAAGAUGACCUACACCCAUAGAAAGAUGAAAUAGGACCUAGCCCAUUAGAGCUGAGAGUUGAAUACUGACAUGUUAUUCUUGUGAAAGAGCCUCAUUUUGGUUUUUAUUUCUUUGUCACAUGAUUUCUUGCUGGAUGAAAAGUAUGAAAGGAGACUUUUAUAUCUGUUGACUAGUUUUGUACAUGGGUCUUGUUUUACCAGAGAAUCUCUGUUUUAAAAAAAAAAAGUUUCAAAUGUAUUGAAAGCAGAGUUAUGAAACGAGUGAAGUUUGUAAAUGCAUUUAUAAGAAUAUUUAAUAAAUGAUGCUGUAUGAUAGUGA